GAAACUGCAGUUUACACAUUAAUGCCAAUGGUUAUGGCUGAUCAACACAGGUCUGUUUCUGAACUACUGUCAAAUUCAAAAUUUGAUGUCAAUUAUGCAUUUGGACGUGUGAAAAGAAGCUUGCUUCACAUUGCAGCAAAUUGUGGAUCAGUGGAAUGCUUGGUUUUGCUGUUAAAGAAAGGAGCAAAUCCUAACUAUCAAGAUAUUUCAGGCUGUACACCUCUUCAUUUGGCAGCUAGAAAUGGGCAGAAGAAAUGUAUGAGUAAAUUAUUAGAAUACAGUGCUGAUGUCAACAUUUGUAAUAAUGAAGGCCUUACAGCAAUACACUGGCUGGCUGUGAAUGGGCGGACAGAAUUGCUCCAUGACCUCGUGCAACAUGUCAGUGAUGUCGAUGUUGAGGAUGCGAUGGGGCAGACAGCACUGCAUGUGGCCUGCCAGAAUGGGCACAAAACAACAGUGCAAUGCUUGCUAGACAGUGGUGCUGAUAUUAACAGGCCAAAUGUGUCAGGAGCCACUCCAUUGUACUUUGCUUGCAGUCAUGGUCAGAGAGAUACAGCACAGAUUCUUCUAUUACGAGGAGCCAAAUAUUUGCCAGAUAAAAAUGGAGUAACCCCUCUGGAUUUAUGUGUACAGGGUGGAUAUGGAGAGACUUGUGAAGUAUUAAUUCAGUAUCAUCCUAGGCUUUUUCAGACUAUUAUUCAAAUGACACAGAAUGAAGACCUCCGAGAAAACAUGCUACGGCAAGUUCUGGAGCAUUUGUCUCAGCAAAGUGAAAGCCAGUACCUAAAGAUUCUAACAAGCCUUGCUGAAGUUGCUACAACAAAUGGUCACAAGCUGCUUAGCCUAUCUAGCAAUUAUGAUGCUCAAAUGAAGAGCCUUUUAAGGAUUGUGAGGAUAUUUUGUCAUGUCUUUCGAAUUGGCCCUUCCUCCCCCAGUAAUGGAAUCGAUAUGGGUUACAAUGGGAACAAAACUCCAAGAAGCCAGGUGUUCAAGCCUCUGGAAUUGCUUUGGCACUCAUUAGAUGAAUGGCUAGUUUUAAUAGCUACAGAAUUGAUGAAAAACAAAAAGGACUCAACAGAUAUCACUUCUAUUUUACUGAAACAAAAAGGCCAAGAUCAAGAUGCCACUUCCAUUCCACCAUUUGAACCUGGGAGCUAUGAAAAUCUAUCCACUGGCACAGGGGAAUCUAAACCAGAUGCUCUUGCAGGGAAACAGGAAGCCAAUGCAGAUUGUCAGGAUGUUAUUUCUAUGACAGCCAACCGGCUAAGUGCUGUCAUUCAAGCUUUUUACAUGUGCUGUUCUUGUCAGAUGCCUCCAGGAAUGACUUCACCCCGUUUUAUUGAAUUUGUCUGCAAACAUGAUGAAGUUUUAAAAUGUUUUGUUAACAGAAAUCCUAAAAUUAUUUUUGACCACUUUCACUUUCUCCUUGAAUGUCCUGAGUUGAUGUCAAGAUUCAUGCAUAUCAUAAAAGCACAGCCAUUUAAAGAUCGCUGUGAAUGGUUCUAUGAACAUUUGCAUUCAGGACAACCAGAUUCAGACAUGGUGCACAGGCCAGUAAAUGAAAAUGACAUUCUGCUGGUUCACAGAGAUUCUAUUUUUAGGAGUAGCUGUGAAGUUGUAUCAAAAGCAAAUUGUGCAAAGCUAAAACAAGGGAUUGCUGUACGAUUCCAUGGAGAAGAAGGCAUGGGUCAAGGCGUUGUGCGAGAGUGGUUUGAUAUUCUGUCUAAUGAGAUAGUCAAUCCUGAUUAUGCACUGUUUACCCAGUCAGCGGAUGGAACAACUUUUCAGCCUAAUAGCAACUCCUAUGUAAAUCCUGAUCACUUGAACUAUUUCCGGUUUGCUGGCCAGAUCUUGGGAUUAGCUUUGAACCAUAGGCAGUUGGUCAAUAUUUACUUCACACGAUCAUUCUACAAACACAUUCUUGGUAUUCCUGUAAAUUACCAAGAUGUAGCAUCCAUUGAUCCAGAAUAUGCCAAAAAUUUGCAGUGGAUUUUAGAUAAUGAUAUUAGUGAUCUAGGUCUAGAAUUAACUUUUUCUGUUGAAACUGAUGUGUUUGGAGCAAUGGAAGAGGUGCCUUUGAAACCUGGGGGUGGAGGUAUUCUUGUGACACAAAAUAACAAAGCAGAGUAUGUCCAGCUUGUUACUGAACUUCGAAUGACAAGAGCCAUUCAGCCUCAGAUCAAUGCUUUUUUACAGGGCUUUCAUAUGUUUAUUCCACCUUCUCUCAUACAGCUUUUUGAUGAAUAUGAAUUGGAGCUACUGCUUUCUGGCAUGCCAGAAAUUGAUGUGAGUGAUUGGAUAAAAAAUACAGAAUACACAAGUGGCUAUGAAAGAGAAGAUCCAGUUAUUCAGUGGUUCUGGGAAGUUGUAGAAGACAUUACUCAAGAGGAGAGAGUUCUUCUUUUGCAGUUUGUUACUGGCAGUUCCAGGGUUCCGCAUGGUGGGUUUGCUAAUAUCAUGGGUGGAAGUGGAUUGCAAAACUUUACAAUUGCUGCUGUGCCAUAUACCCCAAAUCUUUUACCAACUUCAAGCACAUGCAUCAACAUGCUCAAGUUACCUGAAUAUCCAAGUAAAGAAAUACUCAAGGACAGACUUCUUGUGGCACUACAUUGUGGCAGCUAUGGUUACACAAUGGCAUAAUGGAGUCCAGAAGACCCAUCUGACUACUGAUGCACAAUUCAGAGUGGCAGAAUCAAUUUAGAAAACUGUCAACAGAAAAGCAGCCUAAAUGCAACCCAUAGGCAGGGCUGAUGCUUAAAAUUUAUAAAGGAUCAAGUUUUCUGUUUUCUUUCUCUUUUCCCAUUUAUGUUUUCUCUGUGAUACAGUUUGAGAAUAUAAAAAUCACAGUAGACUUCAUUUUAAAAAUGUUAAUUGAAAGUAGAAACUUUUUUUUUCCUAUUUCUUUAAUCUGAUUUAAGAUUUUGUUAAGGCAAAAUCUUAUUCUACAUUCCACAUCUGCUAUGUAACUGUACUGUUAAAAGGGUAUUUUCUCUUAUUUUCUUAUAUAUUAAAUUAUAUGAGGACAUCCAACUGGUAUGUUCUAUUGCAUGUAAAGUGCCAUUUAUAUUUUGGAAAACUAUUGUAUAGAAUGGAUUAAUUUAGAUUGUGUAUAAAGUUACAAAUAUGUAUUUUCCCACGUUGUAUCUAUAUUGCAAUGAUUUUUUUUAGCUUUUUAGUAUUUUAAUAUAUAAUAUAAAAUUUAGGCUGAUUAAUAACAAACAGCUGAUGAAAUUAAAUCUGAUUUAUAUAUUAGAGCUUAGACUAUAUUAUGAAUUAUUUGCAUUUUUCCAUGGUCAGUUUUCACAUGUACAAUAUUGUGGCUUUGAAGUUUUUCUUAUGCCUUAUUUUAAUUUGUAAUGAAGGUAAAAUUAAAAUAUAGUAUUUUACUGUAUUUCUUUACGUUUGUCUAUAAACUCUGAUGACAUAUUUGAAGAAGUAAUCUGUUCUGUAGAUUACAAUUUAAGUAUGUAAUGUUUUAUUUCUUAAGUUUGCUUUUUGUAAUUGAAAUGUUUUGCUCAAAUGAAAUGCCUAAAUACAGAACAUUGGGUUUUUGAA